GUAUCACCAGGCCCGGUGGAAACCCAUGUCUGGGGAAGGGCCUUGGAUCACAGUCAUGCUCAACUACGAUGGGGGUGAUGAAGUGAGGAUGAAGAUUAACGUGGAAGGAGCUAAAGAGGUGGAGAUGCGGAUUGAUGGAAAACUACAGGACGCGAUCACAGAGGCGAAAGAUCGCGCGGAGAGGCGUUGCAGGAGGGACGGAGUGACAGCAAGAUUGCACGUAACAAUCUCGUAUCAUGAGACCGAUACCUCAAUGGACACGGCGGACCUGGAACAAGCUCACCUGGACAAGGACUCAGGUGGGGAGAGUGAAAUGAGUGAAGUCGGAGACCGGGAAACAGACCUCAGGUCCUGGAAUAGACCAGGUGAGAUCCAGAGGUAUCACCGAGCUGAAAAGCCGGUGGAAGAGGGACCCGAGGCCAGCUCUCGACAGCUGACACCCAGAGGCCGUGGGACGGGUGGGAGGUAGAUCAGGGGGAAAAGACAGGAUAUUGGAAACUAGACACUGAUUAUUGUAAACCAAAGUUGGGAAAAUCCAGAACAUAUCCGGACAGUUUAAUGCAGACGCAAGUAAAUCAACGCGGGAUCG